AUGGCACUGACAGCCGCACCUCUACACCGCGCGCCAGGUCCCGGGCCAUCGUGGGACGAAACGAUUGUUCCGGCCCUGCGCGCGCGGCUGGAGGACGAGAGCCGGGUGCUGGCGCGGCGCAUCAGUGCGGCCUCGCUCGCGUCAAGUGCGGGAAGGAGUGCAUCUGAGAACCACUGGGAUAUAUACGACGCGUACGCUGCGCCUGAUAACGACUACCCGAAACCGACGGCCAUUCCUCGACCGAGCUUGUCUUCUCAACCACAACCGACUACUCAUACUGCGAAUUAUACUUCCGAACGCGAACGGCCGCAGCCACAAGUACAAACGAAGGCAACUCCGACAAGGAAACGAACAUUGUCGAGUCCGAAAUUGCCGUUGCCUGUGCCGAAGAGUCCCAGUUUGAAUGUUAAUGGGAGUGGUGGAGUUGGGAAGACGCGGAUCCCGGUUGCAAGAGCGAGGACGGGCAGCACCUCUUCGCGUGCGACGAGCGCCAACGGUCUACACGCACAAGGCGGCAGUUCGACUCCCGACCUCGGUGCUUUGACUUCACGCGCAGGCGCUCAACGUUCACCUGACCUAUCUUAUCCUCACUCCCCACAAUCCAACAACUCGCAAUCCAACUCUUACUUCGCCGGAUCGCCGAAAGAAGACGCUGGACGACCGUCAAUGUCUAGCCAUUUACGGCGGCAGACCGGUGGUGGCGAUGAUGAUGUCAGGGCCAGUAUGGAGUCCGACGAACGUCCUUUCGAACAUUGGUAUCGAGGCGAAGCGGCACGGAACGGUGGUGUCGGCGAGUACCGCGUUGGACGAAGGCAAGAGAUGCUGGAGAUAGCCAAUUACGGGCAUACUCCACGCACCACCCAGAACCCGCGAGCGGGAGGUGUAAAUGGCAGCGGAUACACGGGAGAGUGGGUCAACACUAGUCUACGGGCACGGAGAGGAAGUUUGGAUGGGAGGCAUAGGGAGAGCUUCUAUCUGGACCCGGAUCAGGCGGGAGGGAAUGUCAUGGAUGAGGUUCUGGAUCUGGAUACGGGCGAUAGUGCGUCUGAGGAUGUACAUGGUCGACUAUCGUCACACGGACAUGGACGGAAGGGACACAAGCCACCACCUAAGCAAGAACCGGAGGAGCAGUACGAGGAAUACGACGACGAUGAGGAUAUGGGCGGAGAGGAAGUGGACGACGACGAGACGUGGCAUGCGACGCCCAAAGUCGCCCAACCGCGCACGCCGACUCCGACGCAGAUGGCCCAACGUUCGAUUACAACAGACGCGACGUCUCGAACACGGGCGGCGCCAUCCCCGGCACCACUGGGCAAUCGGUCAGCGUCCACACCGUCGCCCCAGCCACCUCGUACAACGCCCAACGGCCGCACACCUCAAAACGGCACACCGGCAUCCGCAUCCGCAACGGCGAAAAGGCGCGCCAAGUCACCUGCAGCCGCAACGCCGCCGAAUGCGAAGAAAGCCAAGGCAAAGUCCCCGCCGUCAGCGGCUGCGUCGGCACGAGCAGCAAACGCAAGGCCUGGUGGGAAAGGAGGUGAGGACGAGAAGCGACGUAGCAUUGCUGCGUACCCCGAGCUUGGAGAUGAUGGCGAGGCGGAUAUGAGCCAUGCGAUUCCUACUUGGACGCAGCCUGCGAAGGUCGGGAAUUGGGACGAGGUCGUCUUGCCAGCUGUGGCGCGCAAGAAAGGCCUAGAAGGAUACGUCCGUGCGGACGGUAGUCCACAACCAAAGGAGGAGCGCGAACAGGUCAUCGAGCCGGCACCCGGAACUUUUGGAUACGACUACUCGAAGUACAAACCCGGUCAGCGCGGCGGCGAGGAGAUACCGAUGGACGAGUUCGGCUCUCAGCGACCGUCCGACCCCGACGCUUUGGCAGAGGAAGCCGCGCGGGAAGACGAGAUGAAUCCGGACGAUCCGUCCUCGCCCAAGUCGCCUACGAAGCGCGAAAAGGCGCUGCCGCCGUUGAAGCCGAGUGCGAGUAUGCGCCGCGCCAUGCAGCAGCCGCCCAGUCCGGCGCCGUUCGCUAGUUAUGUGCCGCAUGAAGGGAUGACUAUGGAUACGAGUCAGAUCCCGCAGCCGCAGACGCCGAGGGUUGAGCAGAGGGUUGAGGAGCCGGAGAGUGGGGGGUGCUGUAAGUGCGUGGUCAUGUAG